ACAGCAGCCGCGGCUCGGGCCGGAGUUGCAGCAAAAGCAACGACGGUGGCGCGGAGACUCUGCAGCCUCCUGGAGCCCGGAGUCCCGGUAGGGACAGCAGCAGGGAGCGUCCGCGUCCCUAACCACCGCACCCCGGCCUUGCCAAGCCACAGUCGCCCAGCCUGGGGCACAGCCAGCCAUGGCCACACCGCCGGAUCUGCAAGAUGAGCCGCUGUCUCUGGCUAGCCCCGGGUCCCAGUGGUUCGGGGGCCGGGGGGAUGGGGAAGACGAAGCUGCAGCGCCAAAGGGGACCAGGCCAGCGCAGCAGGAUGGGGAGCCCGCUUGGGGGUCGGGCGCUGGAGCUGGGGUAGUGUCGUCGCGGGAACUGUGCUCCAGCCCCGCCCGGUCGCCUCCCGUCGCCAUGGAAACUGCAUCCACAGGUCUGGCAGCUGUUCCUGAUGCCCUGGACCACUCCUCCUCUUCAACACUAAAAGAUGGGGAAGGGGCGUGUUACACAUCCUUGAUUUCUGACACCUGUUAUCCACCUCGGGAGGACUCUGCAUACUUUACUGGAAUUCUUGAGAAGGAAAAUGGUCACAUCAGCACUUCCGAGAGUCCUGAGGAGCUGGAGACCCCCGGACCCUCAUUACCAGAAGUGCCUGGGAUGGAGCCACACGGCUUAUUGAGUUCCGAUUCUGGAAUAGAGAUGACUCCUGCUGAGUCCACCGAAGUGAACAAGAUCCUGGCUGAGCCCCUAGACCAGAUGAAAGCAGAGGCCUAUAAAUAUAUUGACAUAACCAGGCCUCAGGAGGCCAAAGGCCAGGAAGAGCAACACCCUGAGUUAGAAGAUAAAGACUCGAACGUUAAAGACAAGGACUCUGAAAUCUCCACAAAACCAGAAGGGGUCCAUACACCUAACCAGCCAGCUCCUGUGGAGGGGAAGCUUAUCAAGGACCACUUAUUCGAAGAAUCCACCUUUGCUCCUUACAUAGAUGACCUUUCUGAUGAGCAACACGGGAUGUCUCUGGUCACUGCCCCUGUCAAGAUUACACUGACAGAGAUCGAACCUCCUGUCAUGACUGCCACACAAGAGACAAUCCCCGAGAAGCAAGACCUGUGUCUGAAGCCAAGUCCUGACACAGUUCCCACAGUCACUGUCUCAGAGCCUGAAGAUGACAGCCCAGGAUCUGUCACUCCUCCAUCUUCUGGAACAGAACCAUCUGCUGCAGAGUCCCAGGGGAAAGGCAGCGUCUCCGAGGAUGAGCUGAUUGCUGCCAUUAUAGAAGCAAAGGGGUUAUCAUAUGAAACCACCGAGAGUCCAAGGCCAGUGGCCCAGGUGCCCGACAGACCCAAAGCCAAGGCCAGGUCUGGGCUGCCCACCAUCCCUAGCCCCCUGGACCAGGAGGCCAGCAGUGCAGAGUCUGGAGACUCAGAAAUUGAGCUGGUGUCAGAGGACCCCAUGGCCUCCGAGGAUGCGCUGCCCUCUGGCUAUGUGAGCUUCGGCCAUGUGUCAGGCCCGCCCCCCUCUCCUGCCUCUCCAUCCAUCCAGUACAGCAUCCUGCGGGAGGAGCGGGAGGCCGAGUUAGACAGCGAGCUCAUCAUCGAGUCCUGUGAUGCUUCCUCGGCCUCGGAGGAGAGCCCCAAGCGCGAGCAGGACUCGCCCCCAAUGAAACCAGGUGCCCUGGACGCCAUCCGCGAGGAGACUGGCUCUCGGGCCACCGAAGAGCGAGCACCCAGCCACCAUGGUCCUGUGGAGCCCAUGGAGCCCGUGGAGCUCGACCCGAUGCUCAGCUUCGCCCCCGCCAACCUCCAAUCCCGUCCGGAGCCAUCAUCAGGUGAUGGAGCUCUGGUCCCGGAGCCGCCCAAGUCACAGCAGCAGAAGCCUGAAGAGGAAGCUGUGCAUUCCAGUCAAAGUCCGGUGGCCACUGACAGUCCUGGGCCACUUGGUUCUGGCCUCGUGCCCCCUCUCCCUUUCUUCGACAAGCAAAAAGCGAUUGACCUUCUGUACUGGCGGGACAUCAGGCAGACGGGGAUCGUGUUCGGGAGCUUCCUGCUGCUGCUUUUCUCCCUGACCCAGUUCAGCGUGGUGAGCGUCGUCGCCUACCUGGCCCUGGCCGCCCUCUCUGCCACCAUCAGCUUCCGCAUCUACAAGUCCGUUCUACAAGCUGUGCAGAAAACAGAUGAGGGUCAUCCUUUCAAGGCCUACCUGGAGCUGGAGAUCACCCUGUCCCAGGAGCAGAUUCAGAAGUACACAGACUGCCUGCAACUGUACGUGAACAGCACUCUGAAGGAACUACGGAGGCUUUUCCUCGUCCAGGACCUGGUGGAUUCCUUAAAAUUUGCAGUCCUCAUGUGGCUCCUGACCUAUGUUGGCGCGCUCUUCAAUGGCCUGACCCUGCUGCUUAUGGCUGUGGUUUCGAUGUUUACACUACCUGUCGUGUACGUUAAGCACCAGGCACAGGUUGAUCAGUAUCUGGGACUUGUGAGGACUCACAUAAACACUGUCGUGGCAAAGAUCCAGGCUAAAAUCCCCGGCGCCAAGAGGCACGCAGAGUAGAGGUAACCACAGGAGAAGCCGGACAUGAAUAGGAGUGUGUGGAGUGGUAACAGCUCCCUCCUUCCUCCCUCGUUACUGAGAAUUGAUUGUUUCCCUUUCCCGGUACCAUAAUCUUAGAGACAAACUUUGAGACAGGUGUUUUCAGGCUCUCCCUGUACUCUUAGGAUAUUUGAGUCCCCAUCUCCCCGUGUCAAGCACUAAAGUAUAGAGUGUGUUAGAUGUGGUUUUUAAUUUCGUGUUGCUAAAAAAAAAAAAAAAAAAAAAAAGUGCAUGAUGGUGAGAGCUCAGGUUCUCCUUCCUCCCUUGAUGUCCUCCCUCUGCAAUGCUUCUGUAGCUCUACUGUCCCUGUGGCUAGGCCUUUCUUGCCAAGUGCGCUGACACAUAGUGGAUCGCUUAUCAUGUCCUUGGGUUGCUGGUUGGAUUCAUCUCUGAUAACACUAUAUAGACUUGUAGGCCAAUGUUUUAGCAUUUUUCCCCACACAGAACAUAAAAAAUUAAUAUAAAACAGUUGACCGUACAUAUGGUGAUCCGUUUUGUAUAACUUAGAGUGAUCGAAUUAAAGAAUAAAUCCAAAUUGAACGCACAGUACUUUUAUUGUAUGGAUGCCUGGGCUGAUUUUCAUGUAUGGUAACGGAAAGUGCCAGCAUGUUGCCUUUAUUACGAUUUGUAUUACUUCCUCUGUAGUUCCUAAUGGACUCAGUCACAGACUCUGGAUAUUUGCACUUAUGUACUUGAUACUGAAUGCAUCAAUAAAUGUGACUAAAUGUA